CAAACGGAGGCGUUACCACUUCCUUUCUGAGUGAGUUUGCGGACGCGAAGUGUGGAGUGGAGAGAAGUGUCUUUAGUUCGUUUACAACCUGUAACCAUGGCCCCCAGCACGCAAGCGGAUGAUACCAUCUCCGGUGUAAGGAAAGGCAUUCGAGCCAUUCUGCUCGGCCCACCCGGUGCGGGGAAGGGGACACAGGCACCCAAGCUUGCAGAGAAGUACUGUGUGUGUCAUUUAGCUACUGGGGACAUGCUGAGGGCCAUGGUGGCAUCUGGCUCAGAGCUCGGUCAGCGGCUUAAGGAAACCAUGGAUGCCGGCAAACUGGUGAGUGAUGAGAUGGUGGUGGAGCUCAUUGAAAACAACCUGGACGCGCCUGCAUGCAAGAAUGGAUUCCUGCUGGACGGUUUCCCCCGCACCGUCAAGCAAGCAGAAAUGCUGGACGGCCUUUUGGAGAAGCGUGAUGAGAAACUGGACUCUGUGGUUGAAUUCUCUGUUGAUGACUCUCUGCUAGUGCGCAGGAUCUGUGGGAGGCUCAUUCACCAGCCCAGUGGCCGAUCUUACCAUGAAGAGUUCAACCCUCCCAAAGAGCCAAUGAAGGAUGAUGUGACUGGGGAGCCUCUUAUUCGCCGCAGUGAUGACAACGAGACCACUCUGUGCUCCCGACUAGAGUCCUAUCACAAGCAGACGGCCCCUCUAGUGCAGUACUACAGUGCCCGCGGCCUCCACACUGCUGUUGAUGCUUCUCAGUCCCCCAACCUCGUCUUUGCCUCCAUCCUUGCUGCCUUCUCUGCUGCUACCUCUGUAUGAAAUCCAGUUUCUCCCAUCCAGAUGUGAAAAUAAUGGAUGGGGGAAAGGGGGAGCUGGAAGUGUCUCAGAUGUUUAUUUUGAUCAUGCCAUGUAGUGAAUGUGUUUUGUAAUGAACACAGAUUUAACUGAAACCCAGUUGAUUUCCUCCAAUAAACAUGGGAGACUAUUUUCUACUACCUUACAUGACGAGGUCGAUUCUUUG